AGGACUCUAUGUUUGUGGUGUCCUCAUAAGCACAGAAUGCUUCAUUAAAGGCUGAAAUAAAUAGCCAUAUCACCGUUCAUUAACACUCGUUGUGUUGAUUCCCUUAAUUAAAGUAACAACUGACGUAAAACACCUAAGUUGACAACAUCCGAAAGAAAAUAAAUAAAUAAAAGCUCAAUAUAGCCGAUAAAUCUGUUAUUUUUAACAAUUUGUUACUAGAAUCUAGAUCUAAGUCGACAUGUCGCCUGUUCAUGUAUCUUGGUAUAUCAAAUAAAAAAAACUAAUAAACAAACUGCAAAGCCAAUGCAUUCUUCUAGUAGUUUUACUGUAGAACAAAUUGAGCUGAUCAGAAGACUUAGAAAUAGUGGAAUAACUGCUGAACAGAUUCUACAAGUAUUUCAGUCUUAUGAUAGAUUAGAUCAAGAGCUUGGUGACUUGUAUUAUCUUCCAGAGAACAAAAGUACUCAAAAUUUUGGACACAUAAAAUCUGCUGAAGUGACAAAAAAUCCUCAAUCAAGUCAACAUUUAGAUCAUUCAAGAUCCAAUCAAAUCAAGAUAAAAAGUAGCACUAGUAUUUUUUAUAGACCUUCUUCUCAAGAAUCUAAUCAACUAGUGAAAUCAGUAGAAUCAAAAACACUACCAGACAAAUACAUUGUAUUUCUGUUGAGUCAAACUAAAGAAAACUUGUUGGGAUUGAUGCAGAGAUGCUUAUCAUCACAGACAUCUUCUGACUUAAAGCAGCAAGUUAUGGAGUUAGGUGUUGGAGACCUGCACUUCCAUUUGUUUCUGUCAGGUGAACUUCAGUCUAUUGGUUCAAAUGUAAGACAAAAACUUCUAGAAUGGUUUGUUGAAAAGUUAAAACAGACUGAUUGGUUUCUAGAGGAGUUCCCCCAUCUCUGCAGUUAUCAAGAUGCUCUUGAUGUUCACUUCAUUCCAAAAAGAGAAAGAUUUACUUUUAAGGAAAAACAUUUAUAUAUUUUGGAACUCUUUUUUAAAAGAGGCCAGUAUCCCACUCAAGAAGAAAAAGAACAAAUUGCCAAUGAAUGUAAUGUAGCCAUGGCCAGUGAAGUUAAUCGAGAACUGGGUGAAAAAGAAUUUAUGACCCAUAUCAAUGUUUCCAAUUGGUUUAGCAACAGAAGAAAAGAAAUCAAAAGAUUAGCUAAAAAAGAUGGUAUUGAUACUGAAAAAGUGAUACUCCCAAGUCGUGUUAAAACUAAAGGACUGAAUCAUUCAAUCAUUAAUAUUUGUGAUGAAGAUAAAUAUAUCGCUACAUCAGCAAACCAACAUAAUGUUCCUUAUGAAACUCACUCAGAGGAAACAGAUUCCUCAGCCUCACUGGACAGUGUCAAUCAAUCAUAUUCAUCGCUUGAGUCAGCUUUCUCUGAGAAACAUCUCAUUGAUUCGUUUCAAUUUGGAAUUUCAAAACAAUCAAUUACUUGUCCUGGCAAUUCAAUUAAAACAGAGCCAAUUGAAUGAUAUUUCUUAUAACCGUACCCUGUUCAAAAAGUUUUCGGAUGUGAUAAAUAUAAAUGCAAGACCGAAAAAAACAAGAUUUAUUUUGAUCAUGCAGCAAA